AUUAAAAUUUAUAUAAAAUGAAUUAAAAUGAUUGACAUACCAAAAAAAAAAAAAUGUAUACUUGCUAUUGUUUUAUAGAAGUGAACUUUGUACUUGUACUUGUUAUUGUUUCAUAGAAUUGAACUUUAGACAAUAGAAUUAUUUAAAUUAAAUGACAAACAAAUAAAGGUAUAAUAAUGACGAUUAACUUUAUUUUGAAAAUAUUUCUAUAAAUAAAGAAUUAAAAAUAUUACCCAAUCUAUAUUGCUGCUAUUUAGAAUGUUGAUACAUUGAUGACACUUAAAAUAAUACAAGGAAAUUCUUUAGAAAUUGUGCAUCCGAAGAUGUUAUUAUUCCAAGAAUUAAUUUUAGUUAAAUUAUGCCAAUAUAGGAAUAUACAGAUAUUAUUAAGAGGCACUGGUACAACGUCAUUAUGUUAAACUGUCAAAGAAAUUAAAAAAUUCAAGUAUCACUAUCGUUUUACAAAUCUUGAUGAAUGAUCACACCCAGUGUUGCCAUAUGGUGUAAUCAGGUGUGUCUGUUAAAUCGUUGUAUCAUUUUAGAAACCCUUUAAAGGGAUAUGUCAACAAUUGUCUUUUUAAAGAUUAAAUUUAAUUGGCCGACGAUGCAACAUGGUAUUUUGAUUUCGACCAAUCAGAGACGUUAUGGGUCAUUUAGUUUUUUCAAUGUAAUUAUCCUUUGUUAUUCAUUUACACAAGAAAUUAUUUUCAAUUGUUUCAUUCGUGUGAAAUUAUUUCGAUAAUUUUUUUUAAUUAAAAUAAUAAAUUAAUUAAAUUUACGAUAAGUACAGGAUUUUUUUUGAUCAUCGAAGUUCAUAUUUAUUUUCAUAGUUUCUAUCUUCAUUGGUUGGUAACGUAAAAUUGCGUUUAUGCGCAUAUAGACGAACUGUAUAAAAAAUGUAACCAAUCAUAGCUUAGAUAUAUAAUAGAAUUCAUUUCAAAUGUUUCAAUCUUAUUUCCGCGGUUUUUUUACCGGUAACAAUAGUAUAGACAUUAAUAAAGAAAUUUAAAAAUGACACAAGACAAUGAUACCGAUGAUAUAAUGGAAAUAGAAAUUUUACCAUCUACGAGUGGAUAUAAUACAAAAAAUAAAGAUCAAUCUAACAAAUCUUGUGAUUUACCUUGGAUUGAGAAGUAUCGGCCACAAGUAUUUACAGAUAUUGUUGGCAAUGAAGAUACUAUUGCUCGAUUAUCUGUUUUUGCUCAACAUGGAAAUACACCAAAUAUUAUUAUUAGUGGACCACCUGGCGUUGGAAAGACUACAACGAUUUUAUGUUUGGCACGUUCACUUUUAGGUCCAACAUUUAAAGAUGCAGUAUUAGAAUUAAAUGCAUCUAAUGACAGAGGAAUUGAUGUCGUUAGAAAUAAGAUCAAAAUGUUUGCGCAGAAGAAAGUCAAUUUAGCUAAAGGAAAACAUAAGAUAAUUAUUUUGGAUGAAGCUGAUAGUAUGACUGAUGGAGCACAACAAGCUCUUCGUCGUACAAUGGAAAUAUACAGUAGCACAACUAGAUUUGCAUUGGCAUGUAAUAAUAGUGAGAAAAUUAUUGAACCGAUACAAUCACGUUGUGCCAUGUUAAGAUAUGGGAAAUUAAGUGAUGCACAAAUCUUGGCAAAAGUUAUAGAAGUUUGUCAGAAGGAGAAUGUUUCAUAUACGGACGAUGGUUUAGAAUCUAUUGUAUUUACCGCCCAAGGUGAUAUGAGACAAGCAUUAAAUAAUUUACAAUCUACUCACAAUGGAUUUGGUCAUGUAAAUGGUACAAAUGUUUUUAAAGUAUGCGAUGAACCACAUCCACUUUUGGUAAAGGAAAUGCUUGAAUUAUGUACCCAAGGAAAUAUUUGUAAAGCUUUUACGAUAAUGCAACAUUUAUGGAAAUUGGGUUAUUCCGCAGAAGAUAUGAUUGGAAAUAUAUUUCGUGUUUGUAAAAAUCUUCCUAUAGAUGAAAAAUUAAAAUUAGAUAUGAUAAAGGAAAUAGGAAUAACCCACUUAGGAAUUGUGAAUGGUAUUAAUAGUUUGUUACAAUUGAACAGUCUGCUGGCUCGAUUAUGUCAAAAAGCUGUUUCGAAAUAAUAAAACUCUUAAGUUUAAUUAAAUUCAAAUGUAAAAAUAAUAAUAAGUCAAUAUAUGUAUGUAUAAUUUUUGAAA